CGCGGCGAGGGGGGCCGAGCCGGUUCGGCGCGCCCCGACGGUAACUCGCGUAUUUACGGAGCUGCGUGCACCUGCCGUAACGGGACGGCGUCGUGUGCGUUGCGCUGCUCCUCCUCCUUCUGCUCCGCCCCUCCGGGGCCGCCCAUGGGCUCACCUGCUGCCCGGUCGCCGUCCGCCGCACCGCUGCACACUCGGAGAGGCGGCCGCCGUCUACGCGGGGCGCGAUGGGCUCCGUGCCGGAGCUGCCUGGCCCUGGGGCCGCCGUCUCGCUGCAGGUCCGGGCCGUGGACGUGCGACCGACGGCGCCCGUGGUGCGGCUGUGGGGAGCGUUGGGUGAGCGCCGCGCGGAGCGCGUCCGGCCGUGCGCCGACAUCCGGGCGGCCGCGGGGAGCGAGCGUGGAGCCGGACGGCUGGCGGGAGGCGCGGAGCUUCGCGCCGGGGAGCUGGGGCUGGUGGAGCUGGCCGGGCUGUGGCACCGCUGCCGGGUGCUGAGCCUCCGCGGCCGCGGCCGCCGCGUGUUCCUGCUCGACGAGGGUCGCGCGGUGACGGUGUCCGCCGAGUACCUGGCGCGGGGCGGCCCGGAGCUGUUCGGUCCGCCGCCCGAGGCGCUGGGCUGCGUGGUGGCCGACCUGGUGCCGCCCGAGAGCCCCGCGGCCGGAGCGUGCGGAGACGCGUCGAGCUCCGCCUGGACGGAGGAGGCGAUGGAGCUGCUGCGCUGCCUGCACGGCAAGGAGCUGCCCGGCAUCGUGCGGGAGCUGCUGGUGCCGCAGCGGCUGCUGGUGCUGGAGCUGCCCCUGCUCGUGGCUCAGAUGCGGCGGCUGGGCCUGGCCGGGCACGCGUCUCCCGGUGCCUUCGGCCAGCUGCUCCGGCGCUGCCUGCCGCGCGAGGCCGAAAGUGGCGCCUCCCCUGCCCACCUGUGCGACGGCGAAGGAGAGCCGGCGGCCCCGUGCGGGCGGAGCUACGUGGAAAUGAGGCCCGGUCCCUCCUACGGGGGUCAGCUGGAAGUGGGAUGCACGGUCGAUGUGGUUGUAACGUGUGCUGAGAGCCCCGGUUAUUUCUGGUGCCAGUUGAAGAAGUGUGGUGAGUUCACUGCGUUGAUGGCUGAAAUCCAGGAGUACUGUGAGAGCGCGUCCCAGCCGCACGCCUGGCCGCAGUCGGCGUGCUUGGCCCGGUACUCAGAGGACAAACGGUGGUACAGGGCUUUAAUUGUCAGCGAUGUCAGUCCUGCGGGUGAAGUAGAGGUCAUGUAUGUGGACUACGGCAACAGGGAGCUGGUGUCCCUAACGAGUCUCCGCUCCAUUAACGAGCGCUUCCUCAAGCUGAAGGCCCAGGCCUUCAGGUGCAGCCUUUACAACCUAAUCCACCCUAAUGGUCCGGACCCGUUUGUUUGGGAUGAAGCUGCGAUCCUGGCUUUCCAGGAGUUUGUUGAUGCCUCCUCAAAUCAGUUUGAACUGCAAUGUACCAUAUUUGCCUUGGCUUCGAGGAACAACAGGGAGCUGUUCAACAUCGUAGAUUUAAUGACGCCUUUCCAGAGCGCAUCCCAAUUUCUGACAGACAGAGGUGUGGCCAAACGUCUGCCGCCUCAAACGCCUCUGGCAGCCUCCGUUCGACUGCAUUCUUUCUAUUAUUCCAUGCACGAGAUCAAAAUCGGGAGUGAAGAAGAUGUUUUUAUUACGCACGUUGAUGAUCCUCAGACAUUUUACUGCCAACUUGAAAGGUGUGCGAAUGUCCUGUUGCAGCUCAGUGAAAACGUUUCUCGUCUCAGAGGGAUGACGUCGGGCUUAGAAACCUGGCAGAGGUUUGGUGAGCUGUGUCUCGCCAGGUAUACUGACAGCCACUGGUACCGGGGGGUCCUUACAAAAACAAAACCCGCCAAGGAAGUCUUUUUUGUGGAUUUUGGGAACACAGAGACCAUUGAAGAAGAUCAACUGUUUCCUAUUCCGGGUGAUGCUCAUGAUAUCUUGCUUUUGCCAAUGCAGGCCAUAAAGUGUUCCUUGGCUGACGUACCUAAUGUUCCCCAGGAAGCUACAGCGUGGUUUAAGCAAGCUGUCCUUGAAAGGCAAUUAAAGGCAAUUGUUGUAGCAAAAGAAUCUGGUGGGAAACUGUUGAUUGAGCUGUUUGAUGGUAACAUGCAAAUCAAUGCAAAAUUGAAGGAGGAGUUCAGAUUAAGAAACAAUGCAGAAGUGUGUAGGUGUGUAAGGAGUACAGCUCUGUACUCUAGUAUGGGUAUGGAAAAGAGGAAUGGGGAUGCACACUUUCCUCCAAAUGCAGGAGAAAGCAAAAACUGCAGACCUGAAGCCCAAGGAGGAGAGAGGAGUAGCAAAAUGCAGGUCAAAGAAAAAGAUGUAAACCUUCUCCAGCCUGCUGCAAAGAGAGAAAGGGCUGCUGGGUUACUGGCAUCUGAGGGGAAGGUCAGCAGUAAGAAAGAUGCUCUGUUAAAUAAGGUGGAGGAAAUGCAGUCUCUGCUCUCUGCCGAGAUGGAUGCAGAGUCGGAUAAUAAACGUGAUACUGAAGGCAGUUGUGUGCUGCUGAAGCGUGUAACUGAUCUGCCACAGCAGAGCGUGGUGCCGGCUCUCACAGCGUUGGCAUAUGUCUCCUAUGUAAAUAAUCCUUUAGAUUUUUAUGUUCAACUGGCAAGUGAUGAGGCUCAACUUCACAGCAUUUCGGAAUGCUUAAAGGAUGAAAUGCUAGCAAAGAUCCCCUGCGGGCAGCUCUUGCAAGCUGGGGACUUAAUCUGUGCUCUGUAUUCAGAUGACAGCCUGUGGUACAGGGCAGUGGUAAAAGAGAAGGCUUCUGACCAUUUGAUUAGCGUCCGAUAUAUUGAUUAUGGUAAUACUUCAGUAGUUGAUGUUGAUCAAGUGCGCAGGCUCCCUGAAGACUUAGAAUCUAUUCCAGCAAUAGGCAUUCACUGCUUCCUAGGUGGGCUUAAAUGCAAAAUGAGUACAGGCUGGGCAGAGAAAGCAGCUCCUUGCUUCACAAAGAGGGUAAAUGAGGCUCUGCUAACAUGUGAAUUUGUGGAGGAGGUUGAUGGUAAAUGGGGAGUUAUUCUGAGCGAUGAUCAAGGUGAAAUAACAGUGGAUUUAGUGGAUGAAAGAUCUUAUUCAAAUGGAAUGCUUGAUAGAAGUGAUGUGAUAAAUACGUGUGAGCCUUCGUCUCCUGGGGCGCAAAAUGAAGCUUCCUGUGACUGUACAUCACUUACCUGGAAGUUCCCCGAGGCAGGCCAGACUGUACAUGUUUAUAUCACGGUGGUGAAUGGUCCAGACUAUUUUUGGAGUUGCAGUGCUGAUGAAAAAAACAUGACCUACGUAGAGGAAAAAAUAAAGGAAGCCGAAAACCUUGGACUAAACUCUAUGGACAGCUGCAUUAAAAGUGGUGAUAUUUGCCUAGCGAAGUACAGCGAAGAUGGGAAGUUCUACAGAGCUAAGGUCAGCAGCGUGAAGGGCAACGAUGUAGCUGUUAUCCAUGUGGACUAUGGAAGUGAGGAGACUGUUAGCUUGGAGAUGCUCAAAGCAAUUCCAGGUGAAUUGCUUCAGGUGCCUAAUCAAGCAUUUGCUUGCUGUCUGUCAGGUUUCAGUCCCUCAGAGGGCUCGUGGCUUAGUGAAGCCAAAGACAAGUUUUAUGAUAUGACUGUAGAGCUCCUACUAGAAGCUGAAGUUCUUGGAACCCAGGAGAAUAAAGCUUUUGAAGUCCCUCUGUGUGCUGUCAAACUGGAGUCUCCUGGGAGGAAUAUUAACGAAGAGAUGAAAUCUUUUUGGAAGGCUGAUAUGGGAAGUGGUCACAAAGAUAUUCCAGACCCUGAGGGUUCCUUAGAAGGAAACAGAAGUUCAAACAGUGAUGCGGGUCUUUGUCUCAAAAGAGAAACUGCUACCUGUGGAUUAGCUCAAGAAGUAAGGGAAAGUGCUUUGCUUUGUUCCCAGUGCUCCUCGGGUGAACCUUGUGGGUGUUCAGGUGGGUCUGAAGCAAAAGUGUCUGCUGAGUCUCGGGAGGUGGCUGGUGGAUGUGAAACAGCUGAGCAUGGAAGCAGCUUUGAUAAAGAGACUGCUCCACUGGAAGAUGAGAGCAGUAGCAAAGUAUUAUUAGAGCCAAGAGGAAGCUGCAGUCUUCACGGUUUGGGAGGUGGAAUGAAAUCUGCACUACAAGAGCCACCUGAAUUACUGUUUCUGCAGGAUGCUGAGGUGAAGGCAGAAGUCGAGGCAGCCAGCCCUCUGCCAGGAAAUGAAGAAGAGCUGAUGAGAUGGCUCCAGGUAGAGCCUUCGAUGGGUGAUACAACAGAGGCACUGAUCGAACUAGUUGAAUUGCAAAUGCACUCUUCUUAUGAUGACUUGAAAGAGUUGAUACUGGAGCUGGAGGAAAUAGCAGCACUGCCCUCAGUCACUGAUGAGAUGAGGGAAGCACUUGAAACAGAGGCACUUGGAAUGCAGACUGCUUCAGGCAGUGAAGCGAGAGAGAAAGUGCUGGAAGUACGUGAGCCCCUGCUCCUGUGUGAGGAGAUGGGGCACUCAGCACUCCUGCAGUCUGGAACCGUGCCUUCACUUAGUGAGGGAGAGAGCUCAAUGCCCUCUGUUAGUGAUGCAGGGAAGACAGCAGAGCUGUUUCCUUCUGAUUUUCUGCCUCUGAGGCAGACUGCAGAGGUGCUGGAAUUGAAUUGCUCUGGGGUGCAUGGAGCAGAAGCUGUGCAAGAAGACUGGAUGGAAGUAGAGCCUCCCCUCAUGCUGCCUUCAUCUGAUGGUAGACCUGAGAAACAACCAAAGGCCCCUGGUGCCGAGAUUGAUCAGCUUCUGGAUUUGCACAAGAACGAUGACUGUUAUGUGAAAGAAUGGACGCAGCAAGACAUGGAGGAGUUGUUUAAAGAAUGUGGAAGCACUCCUACACACAUGCAGUCUUCAGACUGUAAACCUAGUGAAGAAGCAGGAAAAAAGCAAAGUGAUAACAUGGCUGACUAUAGUGCAGGAUGCAGUGGAUAUACUUGUAAGCUGAAGGGCUUUGCUGUUGGCUCCAAGUGUGUGGUGUGGACAUCUCAGCAGUGGUGCGAGGCUCUCAUUUUGGAGGUAUCUGAGAAGGGCACCAGGGUACUGAAUCUCUGCAGUGGCAGUGAGGAGGUUGUAGAUCCUGAGAACGUCUGGAACGUUAUUCCCAGCUGGGCUGGCACAUCACCUGAGAGAACUACUCAUGUGACAGAAGAUGUGCUGUCCCUGCCAGAGGAAUCUUUACUUCAAGAAGAGCAAAGUGGCUGCAGUUCAGCUAGAUCUGAAGAUCCUCAUGUUCUCCAGCCUUUCUGAAAAAGAACUUAUUUACCACAUGAGGUGUAAUAAGUCUCUGCAUGCACAUCCAUUCCCACAAAAAUGGGUUUUUAUAGGAAAUAUACAGCCAACGCACUUGGGUGUUCUACACAACUGAGCAGAUGCCUGCUACUGCCAGACCUCCUUGUCAUGAACAGUGGCUGGUGGCAGACUGGUGCUGUCUGUUGGGCAUUUUAAAAUUGUGCCUUAAUCAAACACUGUGCCUCUUGACAGGCAUCCCUUACCAAAUGCUGGUGUGGCACUAACUUAUGCCUAGCUGAUAGUGGGUUCUUGAUGAAGAGCUUCCCAUGAGCUGCUGUGGUGAUAUCUGCUGUUGCAUUGGUUUGGUUUUGUUUCUUUAGGUUUAGGAAAAUUCAGAGUAUUUUUGAGGGAAGUUUUUUUCCUCUGUAGCGAAAUGAGGUUGUUCAGGACUGAAGCCUUGCAUUUUGUGUCAUUACAAAGCAAUUAAGAAGCUGGAAUAAAGCUUGUGCUGGCAAAUGCUGUUUAGUGCUUUCUUUUCCAAUGGCCAAAUACUGUGUGUGCCAAGGAUAUUUGUUCACCUGUACCACACUCAGAUGCAGCUAUGCACGUCCUGCAGUUCAUGGUUCUGCUUUGACCCCCAGGUAGUUCUCUAGAGCACUGUGAGCCAUGCUGAGCCUUUUGAACCACUACACCAUUGGUACAAAACAGAGCUUGUACUCCUAGCACAGCCUUAAUGGCACUAAAACACGAGGCCUUUCCUCCAGAUGUGAUGAUCCAGCAGGAUGGCUCCCAUACAGUGGGGUAAGGACUUGUACAGCUAGCAGCAGCUUACUGUGCAUUUCAGUUUUGUCAUGUUUGUUCUCCAUGCUUCUGGAUAGCAUAGCUUCUUCAGUCUCUUUGGAGGUUGCCACAAUGACUUACAAACACCAGGUGUUGUAAUGGGCUUUCUGAGUGUUACAGGAGAUCUCAAGCAUUAGUGCUGGCUCAGUAAGAGAAACGCAUGCGUGUUGAUGCUCGUGGUAGAGACAAGACACAGUAGUAGGCUGUAAAGAAUUUAAUUCUGAAAAACAGACUGCAGCUGUCACUGCAAUCUCAUGUUAAGAUCAGACUUAUAUAAAAUACUUAAUUAGUGUUAACUGCUCUGCCUGCAUCUUGUUUGUAGCCUUAUUUUGGAACAAACAGCUUACAGUCAGUAGUAGUCAGUGCCCCUCUAUGAGUUCUUCCUUGUAGCAGCUCCAGGCAGUUUUGCUCUGGAAAGCAGAGCUGCAUUUGGCCAUUCACAGCCCACUGUAUCUGCUGGCACCUGAACAAAGGUGAACAUAUGAAGGGUAUUGCAACUGUGUGAGCCAUCACUGCAAUCAAACACUGGUUGUGUCCCCCUUUUUAAAGGGAGCAAGUAACAGCAGUGUACAUCUAUUCCAGUGUAAUCAGCAGCAGUACCAGUGAUGGCAGUGAUACAGGGAGUGAUAGGAGAGGCCCUGCUGUAAAAGCUCUGCCUUGGGGGAACUAUGCUUGCUAUGAGGGACCUUUUUAGCAGCUUUUGGAAUGGAGCCACCUGGGAGUGUGGAGCAUGAACACAAAAAGGAGUAAGUUCAGAUGAGAAGCACUUCCUGGAGCACAACUGAAAUACUCUUACAUAACAAAUUAAGUUUAACAAAUUAAGGAGCUCUUUCUUACAUGGCAAAAAAAAAAAACAACCCCCAAA